ACGCAGACACCGGGAAACCAGGGAAAGGUAAACGGAGGGAAAGUUGUUUCCGUCGGAUGAGCUCAGGUUGCGCGCUGUGGAGUGUCACACAGAGAUGCGGGGUGUCCCACCCAUGAGCCGGAGCAUCCUGGAGCUGGAGUGACCUGGGGGACUCUCUCAGCGAGCCAUCCGUGAUUCCCACAAGACAUAUACACAGACACAUCAGCCUCGGAGCUGACUCGGUACUCGGUACUCAGCUCGGGAAGGGACGUUGGUAUGGCUUUAACUGGGUGAUGGAUAUGAAAGCAGUUCUUAGAGAAACUGUGGUUGUGUCGGGGAGCUCUGAGAACUUGUGGGAACAACAUCCAGAAGCAUCUCUGAUCUACCUGCACUGAUCCAGAAAGAACCGUGAAUGAAUGCACAACGAAGAGAUCCUGUGGCUAAGAGACCCAUCUCCAUCCUGUCCUCUCCUCUCAGGGCAUGGCCCAGGUCCAGGAUGGACAUUCAUACGAAUCUGACAGUCCUGCAUUGUUAGAGGAGAGUCAGGAUGGCAUGGACAGUGGCAGCCUGACGCCUGGCACAGCUCGACACGUCUGCAUCCAGCGCCACCCCGACCACGGCUUCGGCUUCAUCGCCGGCGGCGAACGGCCUGUCAUUGUACGCUCUGUCUCUGCGGACGGACCUUCUGACGGCAAGCUCUUUGCUGGUGACCAGAUCCUAGCCAUCAACGAGGAAAUAAUCAGCGACGCCCCCAGAGAGAGAGUCAUAGACCUUUCACCUAAAUCUGCCUUCAUAAGUGCCGCCAAGAAAGCUCGUCUGCGAACCAAUCCCCCCAAAGUGCGCUUUUCUGAGCAAGUGUCUAUCAGUGACCCAGACUCAGUAUGUUCUGCUUUCUGUCACGCUCAUCCUUUAUCCCAGAUCAUCAUCACAGCCGUAACGUCCUCGUGA